GCUGUAUCAACAGCUCCCCCUUUUCUGCUGUUGUGGCCAGAAAUAAACCAUAAAUACCCCCCCCAGCCCUGUCACAACCCUCUAAUGGCUCAACCCCAUCAAACAAGUGGUACAGAAACAGAAGAAGGGCGCUACCACUUCUUAGCAGGCAUACCCAGUGGAGGAGCAGAGGACCAGGAGGAUGUCGGAGCAGCAGAGCGCCCCGGAGCAGUUGGCUGCCGGGAAGAGCCAGGGUGGAGCCGGAGCCACGUAUAAGGUUAUGGCUUUUGAGUUUGAAAACUUCCAGGGCUGCAAGACGGAGUUUUCCGCAGAGUGCAAAGAUGUGACGGAGAAGGGACUGGAGAAGGUCGGCUCUUUGAUCGUCGAGUCGGGGCCCUGGGUGGGCUACGACCGCCACGGGUUCACGGGGGAGCAGUUUGUUCUGGAGAAGGGCGAGUACCCGCGCUGGGACACCUGGACCAACAGUCAGAGCAGCUACUCCCUCUUGUCUCUAAGACCACUCAAAGUGGACAGUGCCGAGCACAAGCUACACCUGUUUGAGAACCCAGGGUUUACCGGCAGAAAGAUGGAGAUCGUUGAUGAUGACGUGCCAAGUUUGUGGGGCCAUGGUUUUCAGGACCGCGUAGCGAGUGUAAAAGCCCUUAAUGGAACGUGGGUCGGCUACAUGUACCCGGGCUACAGGGGUCGCCAGUUUAUCUUCGAGCGAGGAGAUUUCAAGCAUUGGAACGACUGGGAGGCCCCGGCUCCCCAGAUCCAAUCUGUCCGACGUGUGCGGGACAUGCAGUGGCACAAGAGGGGCUGUUUCAUCGUCCCCGACCCCGCUCCCGCUCCCGCCCCCGCCCCCGGCCCAGACCCCGACCCCGCCCCGGUUCCUCCCGCUCCUCCCGCUGCCGCCGGAGCCAGCUGAGCAGGGCCCGACCCCCGACCCCCCGCCGGCCCCCC